CCCGUCAGGCGGCUGGGAGCGGGGGCUUGCCCGGCCCCGCCUCUGCCAGCCGCGGCCCCGCCUCCUCCGGCCCGCGCAGGCUGCGCUGUCUAGCAGGCGCGCGGUUCUGCGCUGCCAGUGGCUCGCUGGGCAGAUCCUUGGGGACGCGAUGCUCCCGCUUUCAGGUCUCCGCUUCGUGUGUGCGCCCUGCACUUAGGAAUCCGUCCCUCACUGCCCCGGUACCCGCAAGCCUCUCGGCACCUGACCUUCGCCCUGGAAGGUUCUGGCCAGGUGCCAGGAGGGGCGCUGUGUCGUGGGCGAUCCCCCCAAAGCAGCGUCCCGUGCUAAAGGUGUAAUCAAUUUCUACUCUUCAGCAUACAGAAGAUUUUAUGAAUACUAUUCACUGCAGAAAGAGCUCUAAAAAUAAUUUUGCAGGUACUGCUUAGGAUGAACAUGAUUUGGAGAAAUUCCAUUUCUUGUCUAAGGCUAGGAAAGGUGCCACACAGAUACCAAAGUGGUUACCACCCAGUGGCCCCUCUGGGAUCAAGGAUUUUAACUGACCCAGCCAAAGUUUUUGAACACAACAUGUGGGAUCACAUGCAGUGGUCUAAGGAAGAAGAAGCAGCAGCCAGAAAAAAAGUAAAGGAAAACUCAGCUGUGCGAGUCGUUCUCGAAGAGCAAGUUAAGUAUGAGAGAGAAGCUAGUAAAUACUGGGACACAUUUUACAAGAUUCAUAAGAAUAAGUUUUUCAAGGAUCGUAAUUGGCUGUUGAGGGAAUUUCCUGAAAUUCUUCCAGUUGAUCAAAAACCUGAAGAGAAGGCAAGAGAAUCAUCAUGGGAUCUUGUAAAUACGAGUGCUACAAAUUGUUUCUCAAGAAUGCACUGUCCUACUAUGCCUGAAGAAAAAAAUCAUUAUGAGAAAAGUUCUGGCUCUUCAGAAGGUCAAAGCAAAACAGAAUCUGAUUUUUCCAACCUAGACCCUGAAAAACACAAAAAAGGACCUAUGAAGACUGGAUUGUUUCCUGGUAGCAAUGCCACUUUCAGGAUACUAGAGGUUGGUUGUGGAGCUGGAAAUAGUGUGUUUCCAAUUUUGAACACUUUGCAGAACUCUCCAGAGUCCUUUCUGUAUUGUUGUGAUUUUGCUUCUGGAGCUGUGGAGCUCAUAAAGUCACACUCGUCCUACAGAGCAGCCCAGUGUUUUGCCUUUGUUCAUGAUGUAUGUGAUGAUGGCUUACCUUACCCUUUUCCAGAUGGAAUCCUGGAUGUCAUUCUCCUUGUCUUUGUGCUCUCUUCUAUUCAUCCUGACAGGAUGCAAGGUGUUGUAAACCGACUGUCCAAGUUACUGAAACCUGGGGGAAUGCUGUUAUUUCGAGACUAUGGAAGAUAUGAUAAGACUCAGCUUCGUUUUAAAAAGGGACGUUGUUUAUCUGAAAAUUUUUAUGUUCGAGGAGAUGGUACCAGAGCAUAUUUCUUUACAAAAGGGGAAGUCCACAGUAUGUUCUGCAAAGCCAGUUUAGAUGAAAAGCAAAAUCUGGUUGAUCGCCGCUUACAAGUUAAUAGGAAAAAACAAGUGAAAAUGCACCGAGUGUGGGUUCAAGGCAAAUUCCAGAAACCAUUGCACCAGACUCAGAAUAGCUCCAAUAUGGUAUCUACAGUCCUUUCUCAAGACUGAACUUUGUAACAUGUUAAGGUACAAAGCCAGAGGACUGCUAUUCAAGGACUACUAUAAGUCUUUCGUUUCUCAAAAGACAAUGAGAAAAAAAGAAAAGAAUUUGUGUUUCCUGCUGUUUUGUCAUAGGUGAGCUCCUUUGUACAUUUUAAGCACAUGUAAGUGGUUUGGCACAGUGUGCCUUUUUCUGUGCUUUGAAAACUUGACAUGCCAAGCUUGUUUGAAUUUAUUACAUCUAACCAUUUUGCUUGUUUCUUGAAUUUUAUAAGCAUUCAAUUAAAUUAGUAUUAUGUUAGGUAAUUUUGAGAAAUCGUAACUUGACAUUUUUUGCAAGUAAAAAAUAUUGUUUAUUUGUUUGGGCUUAGUAAACCAGUUCCCAAACACAGUCUGACUCUUCCCAUUGUCAUCUGAUUGCAGAGAGAAAGCACACCUUGUUUCCAGGGAAAGCUACAACAAGCCCAAAGUCAAAGUGUAUUAUUUUUUGUCUUGUUGUUGUCUAUUUUCUCCCUCUUUUUUUUUUUUUUAAUUCAGGGGCUGACAUCUGAAAUAGAAUUUUAGUUCCUCUUUCCUUUCCUAAAAUUGGGGAAGUGUAGCCCAUGCUAACAUUAUUUUCAGGCUAUUCUUAGAUAUACACAUUGUUAGGCCAGGUGCAGUGGCUCACACCUGUAAUCCCAGCACUUUGGGAGGUUGAGGCAGGCAGAUCGCUUGAGCUCAGGAGUUCAAGACCAGCCUGGACAUGGCGAAACCCUGUCUCUACCAAAAAUACAAAAAUUAGCCAGGCAUGGUGGCACACACCUGUGGUCCCAGCUACUCAGGAGACUGAGGUGGGAGGAUCGCUUGAGCCUGGGAGGCGGAGGUUGCAGUGAGCUGAAAUCGUACCCUACACUCCAAACUGAAUGACAGGGUAAGACCUCAUCUCAAAAUUUAAAAAAAAAAAAGAUAUGUAAGCUGACAAGCUCUUGUAUCAGGGGCUUUUGAACCAGAGCAACUUCAUCUUGAAUAGGGACUGUGUAAAAUGAGGCUGAGACCUACUGAGCUGCAGUCCCAGGAGGUUAAGGCAUUCUUAGUCACAGGAUGAGAUAGGAAGUCAGUACAAGAUACAGGUCUUGCAGACCUUGCUGAUAAAACAGGUUGCAGUGAAGAAGCCAGCCAAAUGCCACCAAAACCAAGAUGGCAAUGAGAGUGUCCUCUGGCUAUCCUCACUGCUACACUCCCACCAGUGCCAUGACAGUUUACAAAUGUCAUGGCAACAUCAGGAAGUUACCUAUAUGGUCUACAAAGGGGAGGCCUGAAUAAUCCAUCCCUUGUUUAGCAUAUAAUCAAGAAAUAACCAUAAAAAUGGGCAACCAGUAGCCCUUGGGGCUGCUCUGCCUAUGGAGUAGCCAUGCUUUGCUUUUUUUUUUUUUUUUUUUUUUUUUUUUUGAGAUGGAGUCUCGCUCUGGCACCCAGGCUGGAGUGCCGUGGCGUGAUCGCAGCUCACUGCCAGCUCUGCCUCCCGGGUUCACGCCAUUCUUCUGCCUCAGCCUCCUGAGUAGCUGGGACUACAGGCGCCCACCACCAUGCCUGGCUAAUUUUUUUGUUUGUUUUUGUAUUUUUAGUAGAGAUGGGGUUUCACCAUGUUAGCCAGGAUGGUCUCAAUCUCCUGACCUCAUGAUCCGCCUGCCUCGGCCUCCCAAAGUGCUGGGAUUACAGAUAGGAGCCACCAUACCCGGCCUAUUCUUUACUUUCUUGAUAAACUUGUUUUCACUUUACUAUAUGGACUCAAUUCUUUCUUGCACAAGAUCCAAGAAUCCUCUCUUGGCGGCUGAAUCCAGACCCUUUCUGGUAUCAGUGGUAAGCUCUGUUUAAGACAACUGUCAUACCCAAGAAAAUUCUUAAAUUGUGGCAGUUAAAAAUGUAUUUAUCCCCUUGAGGGCCAGACACAGUCACUCAAGCCUAUAAUCCCAGCACUUUGGGAGGCCAAGGAGGCGGAUCACGAGGUCAGGAGUUCAAAACCAGCUUGACCAAUAUUGUGAAACCCCAUCUCUACUAAAACUACAAAAAAAAAAUUAAUCAGGUGUGGUGAUGGGCACCUGUAAUCCCAGCUACUCGGGAGGCUGAGGCAGGAGAAUCAGUUGAACCCGGGAAGCCAGAGCUUGCAGUGAGCCGAGAUCAAUCACACCACUGCACUCCAGCCUGGGUGACAGUGCAAGACUCCGUCUCAAAAAAAAAAAUUUAUUUACUCCCUUGCUUCAAAAAGGACAUAAGUUGACUUGCAAAUCACAUUUUGUAGAAAUGAAGUUUUCAAGAUUGGUCUCGUACUCAUUACAUAAUAUUUAUUGACUACUUACAUAUUGAGUGCUGAAUUCUAUGGAAUAAUACAAACAAUAAAGACCCAGCCUUGUUUAUGCUCUUCAGGGAGCAUAAAUAGAGUCUAGCUGGCAAAACAAAAUGUGCAUAUCCCAAACCUGUAAAUCAUGAUCUAAGACAAUAUACAAACAAAUACUCAAAUAGGGAACUUACAGCAGACUUUGAUUAUGAAUCACAGAACCUAGAAGAAAUGAAUACUCUCUUGAAAGAACCAUCAUUGGAAUAAUUCAGUUCCAACUGUUUUUUCUUUCUGAGUUCACUUAAAAUCCAGUUUUCUAGAAGAAUAUCAUUGGUCUAGCUUUAGUCAUUGGUUCAUCUCUUAACAGGCUGGGACAGGGCAGCUUAACUGAUGAUGCCACCAGAAUGGGCAACGUGGCAAAAACCCUGUCUCUACCAAAAAUACAAAAAUUAGCCAGGGAUAGUGGCACGCACCUGUGGUCCCAGCUACUCAGGAGGCUGAGGUGGGAGGAUCUUUUGAGCCUGGGAGGCAGAGGUUUCAGUGAGCUGAGAUUGCACCACUGCACUCCAACCUGGAAUGGAAGGAAAUUUCACUUCUGGAAUGGAAGAAAGUUAUUCAAAGGAAAAUAAAGACACUGCUAUCAAAAAAAAAAAAAAACAGGGGAGGGAUGCUGUCCAGUCACACCCAACACAUCAUAUAGCAGUGGUAGCAGUAGUAAUAGUAGUUCAGAGAGAGAGAGAGAGAGAGAUCAGCUCUGAAAAAGAAUGGAAAAGAAUCAGGUUUCUUGGGGGAAGUAGGUCUCAGGCUAGUUCUUGAAUCUACGUUCUCAGCAGAUGGUGAGAAGACAAGUGUGGUGUGGGAUAUUAAUGAUGAGGAAUAGGUAGAAAAGACGGGGAGGGGGUCAUCUUGUAGAUAACCUAGAAUAGCAGGUAUAUUGACUUCUAGUCUCUGAACUGGAGCCAUCUGAGAUCAGUUUGUUUUUGCUUUAUCCUAGACAUGGUGUCUUAUAAAUAUAUUGAGAGAGGUUGAGGAGUUGUCUAUAGAAUGGAAUGGAGUGAGGUCAGAGAUCAAUGGCAAGAAAGAGCACGUAAAGGUUUUUACACAAACUUGCCUUGAUGGCAAGUCCUCAAAAGUACAAUUAUCAAGCUUUCUGUUGAAACAUGUAUAAGUCAGUAAAUAUAAAUGUUAAAAUUUGCCCAAGACUCUUAACUCAGUUGUAUUUCAUAAUUAAAGUAUACAUUAACAAACCAAACUAGUCAUGAAAGUAUUACAUACAAUAAGGGUAGUUUAGAUAAGUUAAUGUUGCUAUGGGAACCCCAGCAGAUCUCCUUGUAUCUCCAUUUAAAAAUCAUGGCCCAAGGUGGUUUUAAAAACAACAGAAGGUAAAAUUAUUCUCACAUUCUCACACAUGUAAAUUGUACUGUCUCUCUCAGUUCUAAAUAGCGGAUUCAAGCCAGCCUCUUGACUGGCACAGUAAAAUUCAGCUUCGUGUCUUUCUAUAAUGUAUUACAGCAUGUGAGUUAACCUUUAGAAGCUUCAAAAAUACAUCAACCAAAUUUGGACUGUGAGACACAAACUGGUCUCUUUUGGGCUCUGUCCAGCAUAGCCUUCCUAUUCCACAUGGCUGCGCAGCAGGGCCAUUUCCACCAGUGUCUUCUGCUUGCCUGGUCAGUCUUUCUCUCUCUUAACCUACCUGCAGCUUCCUUCUCAGGGUUUGCUGCUAGACGGAAACGUAGAUUUUGGCACAGAAAGAAAAGGGAAAGACCUAUUUGGAAUUUUGUCUAUAGAUGUUAAGAAAUCAUGAAGUGUUGCAAAUGUAACUGCUUGGGUAUUAGUUUAAAAUAUUUGAUAACUGCAUGAAAUUCUAAUUUACCCCUCACAUCCAUAAAGCUAGGACCAGUUAGUUAGGCAGAGUUUGAUACUUAAAAAUUCAUCUUCUGAGAGAGCUGAAUUUCAAACGGACCAUUUUCUUUCCAGCAGUAAAAGGUAUAUUAUUUCAUCUUCUUACAAUACAGAAACAAUGGAAUAUAUUGUUUAAAUGCACCUUCAUUUUUUUUCUCCAUUUCUAAAAAUUCGCUUUUGAGCAUCGUCCAAAUGUAAAAAUUCUCACACAUGAGGAACUGUUUCCAAAGGUUGUGAGAAAGUUAAGAUAACAGUUUCUAUUAUUAAAAGUUUUACAUUCGGUAUGACACAUUUGCCUGUAUUGAAACACCCAUUUAACAUUGACUUCUGAGAACUUAUUUGCUUUGCCUCUCUCGGUUCCAUAUGCUUUGUCUCCAAAUUGUGAACAUGUCCCGGGUGUGAUCCUAUGUCGUUGCUGUACUCUAGUUGGUACGUGAAAAUUCACCCAUAUGCAGAUAGCUGCCCUCUUGGAGGCAAAACUUAAAGCUAUCAGAACCAUCUGGAUUGUUAAACCCCAAAACUUCCAACUCAUCAAAGUCCUGAAGCCUGAAUAGAUCAUACAUUGUUACUUCUAAUUGGUUUUGAUGUUUGUUAUGCUCCUCACAAGUGCAGAUAACUUCACAUUUGCAUCGCUAAUAGACCUCUUUCAAAGCCUCUGCUCCUCCUGCUUCCUGCCUCUAUUAGUCAUCGGGAGACUUAGUGUUGGCGUGGGUAUUUUCCCCGCUUGUGAAAGUGCACUGUCAAUUCUAGAGCAUUGAAUAUAUGUGAGGUAUUGUUAUUAAUCUACAAGGCAGUACACACAGUAUUCCAGCAACAGAGACUUUUUCAAAGGUUUUAUGAGACAUUGUAAGAAAGACAGUGUCUUUCCAUGGAAAAAAAAAGUGUUGCCUCAGAGUCAAACAGGAAGCAUGGGUCCUAGUUCCUAUUGAACUGCUUAGCUGAUCUUAAUUUAGCUCUGGAUGCUAGAUUUUGUGUAUACUAUCCACAUUAUUUAAUCCUCAAACUCCUAUGAAUUCAUUUUGAUGAUAACCAUUUACAGAAGAGAUGUUGGGUAACUUGCUCAGGAUAUCACAUCUAAUAAAUAGCAGAGUCACAACUCGGACCCAGAACUCUCUGAUUCCAAAACCUCUACUCGCUGCACUUGUAAUGGAUGGGCCCAAAUGCUGCUGGGAAAGGCACCAGGGAAGAAAGAUCUUCUGAGUCAAGCAGAAAACAAUAGCAGUGGAGAGGAGUUUGUUUCGGAUGACCUUCAAGGUUAUGGCUCAUUCUAGAUCCAAUCAUUCUAGGAAAUAAGUAGGUUACACUUGUCCACAAUUACAAAUUGGAAAGAAAGAGAAGGAAAGGAACUGAGAGGAAUGACAAAGCAAAAAGCUUUCAAUCAGUUCUUUUCAGCAUUCUGCUUCUGCCUAGUUCUGCACUCGCCCCACCCCCUCAGACUUCAGCCUUCCACUUGGCAUCCCUCCUCGCAGAGCACUCUCACUUGCAUACUCCUCACUUAAAGAAAAAAAGCAUUCUGUACUGCAAGGGGGAAAAAAACCCUUAAAAUGUCUUUAUAAGGAUUCAGCUCUAGGGUAAUAUAAAAUAUGUGAAAUCAGGAGGUGUCCAUAAUAAAAUAUGAGUGAAAACAUCAUUAUUUAAAACAUUGUAUGUACAUUAAUGCCACAUUAAUACCAAUUCAAGCAUGAAAUGUUGAGCAUUUCUUGGAAUACAGUUUCUUGGAAUAUGGUUGGGGAUUUGAGAGGCACAAAGGUACCCACAAGAUGGCUUUGGUGUAGUUGUAAAUAUAAAUAGAAGUAAAAUAACAGUUGCAUCUUUUAUAAUGAAUCUAUAUUGUGGCCUCAAAGCUACAGAGAAAAGUGGAUGCCAAAAUCUGUCUUUCAUUAACAUAUGUCUUAAAUGACAGGGAAGAGGUGUUGAAGAUAAAAUUACUUUUUCCUAAGAGUAUGAAUCAGCAACAUGCAGUAACAAGCAAGUAAUAAUAGUUCUGCGUGUGAGUGCCUACAGAGGGUAAGAAAAAUAGCAUCAGAUUGAAAAAGCAAGUGCACCUGCAGGAGGGACCCAGGAGGCUGCAGAGCACAGCUCCCUUGAGCACCAUCUCAAAGUAUCUCAGAGCACAGUGACCCUAAUUCUGGCAAGUCAGGCUGGCAUGAGAUGGAUGGAGCACACUGAAACCUCCAGAUGGUCAGACAGCCCACCCUCAGCUGCCCCUGGAGCUCAGCGGAGGCAAGCUACAAGGCAUUGCUACUUGGCCAAGAGUUUAAAACAACAGCUCCUGACUCUACAGUGUCUGUGGUUUCACAACCACUUAACCUUAAGUAAGGAACAGCUAGAGGCAGCUGAAUGAAUAAAUACAUGUUAACGUUACAUAAAGAGGAAAAAAAGCAGUACUUGAGCACAUGGACUUAAAAUAGUGUCCAGGUAGCUGUGUCCUUGGCAUCCCAGUGAUCUGGGUCUUUAUCUUUGAUUUUCUCCAGCAGGUAGACACCAAGUAGAUCCAGGCCCCAGGGCGGGAAAUGCUUCUCUAUCAGAUGUUACCUAUCAAAUAAAAUGAGCCUUUGAUUGCCUCCUAAAAAAAA